AUGUCUUGUAGGAAAGGAACACAUCAUAACUGCACACGAGCUCGGAAACCAGUGAUUUCAGCUUAUUACAAUGGCGCGUCUAUUCCAUUGGGAUAUUUUGGCACAACUAUAAGAAGGAGACCUGUCAGUUUUGGCUUCGAAAAUCCUUUCCAAAGUCGAAGAAAUUUCACAAACAGUCGAGAAAGAUGGAGACAGCAUCAUGUCAAUAUGGCCUUUGGUGAGCUGAGAAAACUUCUUCCAACUUAUCCACCUGACAAAAAACUCUCCAAGCACGAGAUUCUUAAACUAGCUAUGAAAUACAUCACGUUUCUGAGCACUGUGUUAAAAGACAUGGAUUCAAAAGAACCUGAAAUUUGCUCUGAUUUUGUUGUGGGUUCUGAGCAAUAUGCUCCUAAUUCGAGCUGUGAAACUGUAGGUAGCAAUGGAGUUUUGUCAUCCACCUUGAAUUUGGAACGUGUCACUGUUGAUUCACUUGCAUCAGAAAUACGGAUUGAAGAAGCCGUGUGA